UAGCAUGGAGUUCUACUCUAGGUUCAGAUGCAGUCGACGCACUGCGAACAGCAGAUGGACCGUUCGCACCACAACCGCAACAAACACGAGCACAACAGGAGGAGGCGAGAUCUCGAGGUCUGCUCGAAUGGCCUGCAGAGGCCGCUUCUUGGAGCGCACAUACUCCUACUAGCCCUCUGCGGCAGCUUGGAGAACAAAAAGAGAGGGAAUGUGUUUUAGCGCAGGCUUCGCAAUUAAGGUCAGCUUUUCUCCAUCUUUCGCGGCAUCUUGGUACCCUUUUCCCUUGUAUUCUCAUGGAAUACAAGGCACAAGGGGGCAAGAAACGAGGGGGCCGAAAUGCAACCUAGCAGACUCUAACGCAACUACAACAUGAAGCAGGAGAUAAAAUUCCUUCUAGCAGGCCUGACGAUCCUCUUCGUCAAAUACAAAUUGGCUCAUAUAAUGCAGAACCACGGGUACAAGAGGCAGUAGAUAACUGUGCUGACGAUGGCAAACUAGUUGGAGGUACUGAAGAUAAGGAGCGUCCUUCUGCUGCAUCCCCUGGCUCUUGUCGUUCCUUCUCUGCCUCAGGGCAUAGAGAAGCGUUUUUGGUUCCGGG